UGCCAAUUUUUUCAAUAGCGGGCAGGGUGUUGAUCUUGUCAACCCCUGAUUAAGCUUAGCUAUAGCUUAAUAUCCAUAUUCAGGUCUAUAAAUAAUGAAGCAGGAAGCUAACAGCACUAUACAGCAUAUUGACCAUGUCCUACUUAUUCGAGGUUAACAACAGGGUUUUUCAUCACCAACCAAAAGUAUCAGCAGAGAAGGAUUACGCUCAGGAUGGCUCAGUGGACCUCCAAGGCAACCCUAAAUAUCUUGCGAUCCAAGAAGGGACGAUCGUUUGCUUGUUAUUUUAUUUCAGGAUCUAUAAAUAAUGAAGCCUGUAGGUAACAACAUUGUACAACAUAUCGACCAUAGUCAAAUCAUUGGAGGUCACCAAUGGCGGGCUUAUCAUCAUCACCAAAAGUACCAGCAGACAAGGAUUACGCUCAGGAUGGCUCUGUUGACCUCAAAGGCAACCCUGUUCUACGAUCCGAGAGAGGAGGAUGGUUUGCUUGUUAUUUUAUUGUAGUUUAUGAAUUUUUUGAGAGGAUGGCAUACUACGGGAUAGCAUCGAACUUAGUUCUAUACUUGACGAGGGAGCUGCACCAAGGCACCGUGGCUUCUGCGAACAAUGUGACUUAUUGGGUCGGGACUACGUUCUUAAUGCCUGUUCUUGGUGCCUUUGUGGCAGACGUAUAUCUUGGGCGAUACUGGACCUAUCUCAUCUCCGCCGCUCUUUAUUUUACGGGGAUGUGUCUCGUGACGGUGGCAGUUUCUGUCCGGUCUCUAAGGCCACCACCCUGCAACGUUCAUGGCAAUGAAGCCACUGCCGAGUGCAAGCCAACCUCCACAUUGCAGCUGGCCGUAUUCUUCUCCGCCCUCUACAUUAUCGCAUUCGGCUCCGGUGGAACCAAGCCCAACGUCGCUACCAUCGGCGCCGACCAAUUCGACGACUUCGACCCCAGAGAACGAACUCACAAGAUCUCCUUCUUCAACUGGUGGUUCCUGAGCACCUUCCUCGGCUCCCUCUUCGCCCACGUCUUCCUGGUUUUCAUCCAAGACAACGUCGGCUGGUCCGUCGGCUACGGCAUCCCCACCGCCGGUCUCUUCCUCUCGAUCUUAAUCUUCCUCGCUGGCACUCCUUUCUACAGGCACAAGAAGGUCCACGGCAGUCCGCUCACUCAAAUGGCCCGAGUCCUCGUGGCCGCCACCAGAAAAUGGAGCGUGACUGUCCCUGAGAAUUUGGUCCAACUCCAUGAACUGAAUCAUCACAAGCUCAGAAUCCUUCCCACGAAUUCCUUGAGGUUUCUGAACAAAGCCGCUGUAAAAGUUGUUGGUCAGAUGAGGACGCGAUGGAUGCUCUGCACGGUUACCGAAGUGGAGGAGACCAAACAGAUGUUGCGGCUGUUUCCCAUAUGGAUUGCUUCCCUCAUUCCGGCCUCCAUUGCGGCUCAAACGCACACUCUCUUCGUCAAGCAAUGCACCACCCUCGAUCGCCACAUCGGCAAACACUUCCAAAUCCCUCCGGCCAGCUUCGCCACGUCCGUGACAAUAGCCAUGAUUGUGACCACUUUCCUCUACGACCGCUACUUCGUCAAGAUCAUGAAAAAGUACACUGCGAAUCCGCGAGGGAUCACCCUGCUGCAGAGGAUCGGCUUCGGAUUCUUCCUCCAUAUCGUCGCGAUGCUGGUCGCGUCGCUCACCGAGAACCGGCGACUGCGGGUUGCGAGGGAUCUAGGCCUGGUGCAGAGCGGGAAGGAAGUAAUCCCCCGCACCAUUUUCAUGCUGCUUCCGCAGUUUGCGCUCGUGGGAGUAGCUGAUUCCUUCACGAUCGUUGGGAUGAUGGAUCUCUGUUACAGCCAAGCUCCUGAGAGCAUGAAGAGCCUCGGCACCUCCUACUCCUUGACUUCAUAUGGAAUUGGGAAUUUUCUCAGCAGUGUUCUGCUCUCCUCUGUCUCUAAUAUCACCGUGAAAUUCGGCGCUCGAAAGGGAUGGAUUUUGAACAAUCUUAAUGCUUCGCACCUGGAUUACUACUAUGCGUUACUGCUACUUCUCAGUUUCUUCAACUUCCUCUUCUUCCUCUGCGUCAGUAAGCUGUAUGUGUACAAGGCUGAGGUUUUUGACCAAGAAGUUGAGGAGGAUUGCUCAGCUUAUGCGGAUAAAGUUAUUGGUGCUUGAAUCAGAUCAUAUGCGAGUGCUAUGUAAUUACAGAUUUCUGGAAUAAGAAAAAUGCUCUUUUGAUUUUCUGCCAAUUAUUUUAAACUAUAGAGGCAUUUUGUAAAAUGUACGUGAUGAUUUUUUUUUUUAGUAUUUAUAACAUUAUUACAAUCUCGCCCUUUUC